AUGAAUGCAGCUAUUCCCAUUGCAGCUGUCCUGACGACGUUUGUGGUUCAUGUUCACCUCUCAGAUGACGCUGAUCUGUCCCCAGCUGUGGCCUUUGCCUCCCUGUCCCUCUUUCACAUCCUGGUCACCCCCCUCUUCCUGCUCUCCAGCGUGGUGCGCUCCACCGUCAAGGCCCUUGUGAGUGUUCAGAAGCUCAGCGAGUUUUUCUCAUGCGAUGAGAUAGGAGAGGAACAGGAGCCUAGAGCGAUGUUAACCUCUGGCUCCAGCAAUCACAACCAAAACAGAUACCAGGCUGUGCCUCUGAAGGUGGUGAACCGGAAACGCCCCCCGAGGGAUGACUGGAACAACUACAGCUCCCAGGGGGACCACGAGGGAGACGGACCCUACCAGGACAUGGACCAGGACAUCUGCAUCAAAAUAAUCAGCGGUUAUUUCACCUGGACCGAUGGACCGCCAACUCUUUCUAAUGUGGACGUCAAGAUUCCUUUUGGUAAGCUGACUAUGAUUGUUGGCCAGGUGGGCAGUGGGAAGUCGUCUCUGUUGUUGGCAGCGCUGGGCGAGAUGCAGAGAGUAUCAGGAGCAGUCUACUGGAACAGGGCCUUGCAAAUGAUUCUGGAAGAGAGAGAACCAUUUGAUGAUGAUGUAGAGCCACCCAUCGCCUCUGGAAUCACGCUGAACACAUGCCAGGUCCAGAAAUCCCCAGGACACGCAGAACCAGAUGGUGAUGGGUGUGACAUUUCACACACCCUCACUUUCAUCUGUCACAGGAUCAUUUGUGCUACUGGGGAUGAGGAAGGUGAUGGGCAGAACAACUGUGGGAUGUGA